AUGUUCCAGCCUCGAAAAGUACAUCCACAUUCAUCAUCGCCCACCAAGUCCUCCCUCAGGCGACCUGGUAGCAUUGGUGGUCCGCCUCAACCUCAGUCUCAACCUCAAUCCCAUCCCCAACAACUACUUCAAACCCAACCCCAAAUUCGGACUCUCCUCCCAUCACCACAUUUCGAGGACGACCCCAUAGUCGCAGCACACCAGAAUCCGCGUCCAACGCGGGCCGCAGUCUACUCUGAAGAUGUUGGAAUAAACUACUCAGAACAUGCACUUGGAGAGGACGACCCCAAUGAAGAAGAAGACGAGUCACUGCUCCAAUACACCGACGAGGCCGGCGAUACGCAUGGCCAUCACCGUGAAAUACCUGUUCUUCCUACCUCGUUCCAGCCUUUCUUCACCCUGAUCGAAGAUAGCGUGAGCAACGAACACUACCACCCGACCGUGCACUAUAUCUUCGAGGACGACGAUUCCGACGUCAUCGCCGAAGCAGCUUGUCGGAGUCUCGAAAUCCUAGAUCCAUCUCAACAACGACAGGAGCAUGAUGACCCGUCUGAGAUGUCCCAGUCACACGCCGGCGAAGUGGGGCACGGCCACGAUCAAGACACACAAUCACGCCUCCCCGUCCCUCUUCCAGGUGUUCACGAACACUAUCUCAUCCUCGAUAUUCACCCGCGAGGCACCCUCCACCAACACCCACUAGCCUCCCAUCAGCAACAGCAACAGCAACUUCCCACCCAUCCAACCCCAAUCAUACCAGGCUCCUCUCCCAGCACUGCGACGCCGCAGAUUCCCUUCCACGUGACCUCCGCGCACAGCCUAAGUGCGGAAUGGCAGGUCCUGCAGACGAAAGUGGGUGCGGCGCCGACGAUCGGCGAUGGGAACGACGACGCCGACGAUGACGAAGGCUGGAUGCUGCGUAUCGAGGGCCGGGGAAAUACACCGGGUGGGGUCGGUGUUGGCGGUGAGGCCGGUGUAGGGAAGGAAAGGGAGAAGGAAUCCAUGGAGGAAAUGAUCGAACGGUUUCAGCGGCGCAUGGAUGAGAUACGGCAGGUUUUGGAAACGGGUGCGAUGGUCGCCGAGGAGUAG